UCCAGGCAAGGAAGGGGAGGAGGCUGAGCCGUGCCCCGCCCCCUUUGCCCGUAAACUUGUGGCGCUCCAGGUUUAGCUGCAGGAGUUCGAAGGGCUGGGAAGCGCUGCACCAGCGAGAUUUGUCCAUGGUUUCCGUGGCCAGAGCCGUGUUUGGAGACCUGCCCUUGGGGGCAGGGACAGUGGAGAAGUUCCAGCUUCAGUCAGACAUGCUGACAGUGGACAUCAUCUCCUGGGGCUGCACUAUCACGGCCCUACAGGUCAAAGACAGGCAGGGCAGAGCCUCAGAUGUGGUGCUCGGUUUUGCAGAGUUGGAAGGGUACCUCCAAAAGCAGCCCUACUUCGGAGCGGUGGUCGGCAGGGUAGCCAACCGGAUUGCCAAAGGAACAUUCACGGUGAACGGGAAGGAAUAUAAGCUGGCCGUUAACAAUGGGCCCAACAGUCUGCACGGAGGACUCAGAGGGUUUGAUAAGGUCCUCUGGACUCCUCAGGUGUUGCCCGGUGGCGUCCAGUUCUCACGGGUCAGUCCCGACGGUGAGGAAGGUUACCCUGGGGAGUUAAAGGUCUGGGUGACCUACACGCUGGAUGGCGGGGAGCUCACAGUCAACUACCGAGCACAGGCCACUCAGACCACACCUGUCAACCUGACCAACCAUUCUUAUUUCAACCUCGCAGGCCAGGGUUCCCCGAAUAUAUAUGAUCAUGAAGUCACUAUAGAGGCUGAUGCUUUUUUGCCUGUGGAUAAAACAUUGAUUCCUACUGGUUCAUCUCUCUACCCCACCUGGCCAUCUUUUGGAUUCCAGUUUUCAUCAUCGCAAGUGAAUCUGCCUCCUGGCUUCCUGCUGCCUGUCCUAGUUCCUGUAUUGUGUUCCCCUUCACAGCCCCACUUCCCUCCUGUGCUGCUGAGGCCUGGUGAGGAGUAUGAUCACACCACUUGGUUCAAGUUUUCUGUGGCUUAAGGAAGUGUAAAGACAUGACCUACCCCAGGACCAGGCUGGGAGCCCUUCAGCAGCCGGUCUCCUGUGCAGAGAGAUGAAGAUUUUAGAGGCUUUGGAAGUGAUCCUGUGAAUCAAAAUCAUACAAAUAGUAGCUGUCAUGAUAAUUAGUCUGAAUACUGAUUUCCUUUUCCAAUGGCAGGCCCCAAGCAAGGUCUACUGACCAGCUCUUUCUGUGGUCGAGGGGGCCCACGCACCAAGGCUUCAUCUAAGCCCUGACGAGCCCUGAAGUGGUACCCAGGACCUUUGGGCUAUGUUGGCUCCAUCCCUCUACCUCUUUCUUUUCUACUUUUCUCCCUUCCUUUCUUUGAUCCUACUCUUUCCUUUUCCUCCUCCUCUACCUGAAAUCCCCUUGCCCUUGUGCAGCAUUUUUUGGAGUUUUCAAGUCACAUUAGCUCAUCCAACAUCCGGCAGAUAGGCCUCUUUGCCUGGUAAGGCAGUGGAUGACUGAGAAGCAAGGGAACCAAGGCUUGGAGAAAGCAAAUGACUCAUCUCAAGGCACAGCUAGGAAGAAUUUUAGCCAGGACUUAAUGUCAGGUCAUGUGAAUUCAAAUCCACUUCUUCCACUUCCAUCUACCAGAGCAUUCCUAGGGUCACUAACAGGCAGAGAUGUCUGACUCUUACACCAUUAGAGCCAGCCUUUCUUCCCAGAUUAACUUUUAUGAGAAGCAUCAGAGUUUAACUGUUUCUGAGCCUUCAAGGUGGUGUGACUUAAAAGUGCAAGACCAAAAUAUCCAGAAAUCCGUAAUUUUGAUUCUCUGCCUUUGGGGUUAGGGGUUAACUGAGAAAGCCCAGCCCAGGCAAGGGUGGGAAGAAAGGAAGCCACUGGAAAUGGAGCUGUCAGUGCAAGGAGAGGGCCUACCUGAAGAUUGCACAUUGAACCUGGAGCAGAUGUUAUUAUGGAGAUGAAGCUGGGGCUCCCCCUCUGAACAAUCGAAUCAUCGGUGAUGGGUCUGGGUUGGUGGUUUUUAUAGAAAUGUAUCUUACACUGCUACACACUAGCAAUCAGUUGAAAUAAAUCCAGUCUGCACCUUAAGAGGA